AUGGUGGAUUGUUGUGGUUUUUGUGUUUGUGAGUUGUUGUGAAUUGUAAACGUAAUUAUUUAUCCGGGACAUAAAAAGUAGAGAGAUUUUGAAUCGAUGCGGGGUUAAGUGAACCCACCCUCCUUACCGGACGAAAUGGGGUCCCCUCCCUUAUGUAGGGGAUGUUAGGGUAGACAAAGGGUAGUCACCCCUGUGCGGAGGGGAGCUUAGGCCUUGGGCGACCGUUGGAAGGGAAGGGAUAACUAUUUCAAGAUCGGCAUUUCCCCUUUGCGCUAUAUUACGCGGUGGAUGUGAGAAAGUUUAAAACUGUUGUGUUACAUUAAAGUAUAUAAUAUUUUAUAUCAUGGAAACCAAGGUGGAAGAUAUGAGAUCGGUGGAGGAAAUCAUUAAACGGAAUUUAAUGGCAAGGACGAAACUUGCUAAGAUAAUCCACGAAGCAGACGGCACUGUGCGAUACGAAUGUGUGGAAUGUCCCGCGCAAUAUUAUGACAAGGAGAAACUGGAACUCCAUCUUUGCAAGCAUAACGACGAGUACAGAUAUCUCUGCGGCAUUUGUGGAACUGGGUUGAAACGCAAAGAACACCUGGAGCGCCACACCCAGGAGCACUUGGAGGUUCGCCCCUACCACUGCAACGUGUGCAGCAAGGCGUUCAAACGUAAGGAACAUCUGAACAUACAUCUCGCGAUACAUAGCGGCGGGAAACCACUUGAAUGUGAAGUUUGUCGAAAGACAUUCUACCGCAAAGACCAUUUACAAAAGCACAUGUUGACGCAUAACAAGCACUUCCUGGGCGACAUGCUGGAGCGGCUGGCGGAAAGAGACGGUGUCACCAUCAAGCAAGAGAUGGAAGAAGAAUUCCUCACACCCAUUAUAACCAGCGUCUCUGGGAGCGUUGGCGAUACUAAGAUUAAAAUGGAGAUGCCUGAUGUAAUGGAGGAGUCUGAAUGUGACCAGCCUAUCAGGCCUUUGCCUGUGAUCAAUGACAGCGCGUACCAGAAGAUGAGACCUUACGUCUGUAACAUAUGCAACAAGAGAUACAAAAGACGAGAUCAUCUGAAGGUGCACAGCAAAACCCAUACGAAAAAGACUAAAGUGUGCUCCGAAUGUGGGUUAGCAUUUCACUACGACGGUCAACUGUUGUCGCAUAUAAACUCGGUGCACCUGCAGGCGUACCGGCUAGAGGGCGACACUGACGGCAUCGCAAGGCUCAAAAUCAUGCUCGGAGAUAAGGCACAACUACUCAUGGCGUCUGAUGGUACAGACAUGCUAGUGCCGAGGGUCAGGAAAACAUCUGAUGAAAGACCGCAUGUGUGCCACAUCUGCAACCGCAAGUUCAAGAGGAAACAGCACCUGAAGGUGCACGGCAACGUCCACAUGCGGGUCUCACAGCCCACCAUUUGGUGCUCGCUUUGUAACGAAGGUUUCUACGCCAACGAUCAGUUCGAGCGGCACAAAUGCACGCCCUGGGAGCGGGGCGAGGUGGGCGGGGGAGGAGGGAGCGGGGCCACACAUGAGGCCAAGAAAGAGAAUAUCUGCUCCCAGGACUAUGUCGAGGUGAUAGAAGAGCCUCAGAACCUCGGUAACGGCAGCAUAGAGGACCAAGAGCUCCUGGUGCCGAGGCAGAGUAACGGUGAUGUUCUGGGGGAUGUAAGCGAGGAGGGGGAGCUGGUUGGGGCGGCGGUGAUGGGAGACAUGGGGGAGAUGGGUCUGCCGGUGCCGCGGCGCGUGUACGUGUGCAAGUACUGCACGAAGCCCUUUAAACGGAAGGAUCAUUUCAAGAUACAUCUUCAUAUACACACCGGUAUCAAGUCCUUCUUCUGUCCUGUUUGUGGGAAAGGUUUCUACCGCAAGGACCACCUGCAGAAGCACACGCAGGUGCACAGCAAGAGACGGCCGGCACGUCGUCGUCUCCCAGACCUCUACCCCAUCAGCGUCAUCAACAACGAGGUCGUGCCGGAGAUCACCAUACAUGCACCAUCGAAUACGAAGCUGCGUGUACCGCUGCAAAUUAAAGUGCCGUACCAAAUGGUGAUGUCAAUGGACAAUGGUGAACAACGAGCUAUCACCAUAGACCCACAGGCCUCGACCAGGUCACAAUGAACUCCGUACUGUCGUACUCAGAGAUAAUGGCCACUAAAGCGACCCUUAGUGAAAGUAGUUAGACAAUUUUAUCAUAUAGUUAUGCAAACUAAUAUUAUUUUACGAUAUAUGUCUACCCCGAAAGUGGUAAGCGUGAUGUUUUAAAAGCAUAAACGUUAUAUUAUCAAUCGUGUGUUUAUGAACUGAGAAAAGGCUAAAUAAUUAUUUUGUUCAUGUUCGUUCAAAUAUUAAAAAUGUUCAUAUAAUUAACUAACUAUUAUAACAGUACUAGUAAUCGCCUGCGACUCCGUCUGUGCGGGAUUAAA